ACAAUCCACGGGCCUCCCUCUAUAUCAACCUCAUUUAUCGUCUUCUCCAUCACCAUCAUCAUCAUUAGGUCUAAUAUCAUGAUUCCGCAAUACAAGGAUGUGAACGAUAAAUUAGAUUCGACGGCUAAGCACAAAACCAACAGCCAUGGCGGUCGUUAUAAUAACCCUUACGUCCACAUUACUACUCCCACAUCAGCUUCUGAUAAGAGGUCGAAGGAUAAGGUUCUUGAGGUGUUGAAUCGGUGUGGGAAGAAAGUAGAGGACGUUACUCGCAAAGCGGAAGCAUUAGCCGGCGGUUUAAAAGACCACCUGAAGUUUAGUCCUAGCAUAGGUGAUGCAGCAAUGGCUAGGCUUUCUCAAGGCACUAAGAUGAUCGUUGAAGGAGGACCAGAGAGAGUGUUUCAACGAGAGUUUGGUGUUUUAGCUGCAGAGAAACUUUUAGAUUCGUUUGUUUGCUACAUAUCGACUAGUUCGGGACCAGUGACCGGAGUGAUAUACAUUUCCAACAGAAGAAUCGCUUUUUGUAGCGACUAUGCCAUUCGUGCCGGUGGAAACGGUGUUGCGGCAUAUUACAAGGUGGUGAUGGAGUUGGAGAAGAUAAGUAGCAUUAGUUCAUCAACGAACGUGUUGAAGCCAAGUGAGAGGUAUGUGCAUAUGGUGACACAAGAUGGGUUUGAGUUUUGGUUCAUGGGCUUUGUCUCCUACAUCGAUGCUUUCAAUUGUCUCAACAAAGCUCUCCUUAAUUCCCGUUGUGAUCGGCUUCUCUUGGCUUUUGACUUGAAGGGUAUAUCAGCAGAAAAUCUUACCAAACAGAAACUCAACUCGAAGAUACUUCAGGAUGAGAUUGUGAAGAAAGUCAACCAAAAUCCAAACGCUGGAUGGAAAGCUGCUAUAAAUGAUCGAUUUUCAAACGCCACUGUUGCAGAGUUUAAGCGCCUUCUCGGUGUUAAACCAACACCGAAGAAGCAUUUCUUAGGUGUUCCUGUUGUAAGCCAUGAUCCAUCUUUGAAGCUACCUAAAGCUUUUGAUGCUAGAACUGCUUGGCCACAAUGCACUAGUAUUGGAAAGAUCUUAGGUUUGGGACAUUGUGGUUCUUGCUGGGCAUUUGGUGCUGUUGAAUCACUAUCUGAUAGAUUCUGUAUCCAAUUUGGCAUGAACAUUUCUUUAUCAGUAAAUGAUCUUCUAGCUUGUUGUGGAUUCCGUUGUGGUGAUGGUUGUGACGGUGGCUACCCGAUUGCUGCUUGGCAAUACUUUUCAUAUAGCGGUGUUGUUACCGAAGAGUGUGAUCCAUACUUUGAUAAUACCGGAUGUUCUCACCCGGGUUGUGAACCGGCAUAUCCUACGCCGAGAUGUUUGAGGAAAUGCGUUAGCGACAACAAACUAUGGAGCGAGUCGAAGCAUUACAGUGUCAGUACAUACACUGUUAAUUCUAGUCCACAAGAUAUCAUGGCAGAGGUUUAUAAGAAUGGACCUGUUGAAGUCUCUUUUACCGUUUAUGAGGAUUUUGCUCAUUACAAAUCUGGAGUCUAUAAGCACAUAACAGGAUCUAACAUUGGAGGUCAUGCUGUUAAACUUAUUGGUUGGGGAACUAGCAACGAAGGCGAAGAUUAUUGGUUGAUGGCAAAUCAAUGGAACAGAGGCUGGGGUGAUGAUGGUUAUUUCAUGAUAAGGAGAGGAACCAAUGAAUGUGGAAUUGAAGAUGAACCAGUGGCUGGUUUACCUUCAAGCAGGAAUGUGUUUAAGGUUGAUACCGGUUCGAAUGAUCUUCCGGUUGCGUCGGUUUAAGAUCAAAGAUGGAAAUGUUGCAUCGGUUUAUUAAUAUCGAAGAUGAAAAGUUGUUUGUAAGAUAUAUGUUAUGGUUGUUGUUUGCACUUUGCAGUAAAAGAAUCCGGUGACUGGAAAUUGUUUUCUGGUUGGCUGUGAAAAUGUUAUACAAAUAAGUACUUCAACAUAAU